GAGUGUUCGCCGCUCUCCCGCCCGCUGUUAUUGUGGAGCAACAUGGCUGCCUUCCUGAGCAGCUUCUCCCCGCCAGCAGAGGGGGUCCAGCGGCUGCAGUCAGAGACUGAGGCCAUAAUGGGCGGCAAGAGCCUGGGCCCCGGGACCCUGUACAUAGCGGAGAGUCGUCUGGCAUGGCUAAAUGGCUCAGGACUUGGUUUUUUUUUUAAAUAUCCUUCAAUCAGUCUGCAUGCCAUUUCAAGAGACACCAGUGCUUACCCAGAAGAACAUCUUUAUGUCAUGGUGAACACCAAACUAGGAGAUAAUGAAUUGAAAGAGUCCACUAUGGAUGAAGAGGAGGAAGAGAGUGAUGACGAUGAGGAGCCCAUCACAGAAAUACGUUUAAUUCCUGCUGAAAAAUCUGAUUUAGGAGAGAUGUUUUCUGCUAUGUGCGACUGUCAAGCUCUCCAUCCUGACCCCGAAGAUGAAGAUUCUGAUGAUGAUUUUGAAGGAGAAGAAUAUGAUGUUGAAGCUCAUGAGCAAGGACAGGUUGAUAUCCCCACAUUUUAUACUUAUGCAGAAGGCUUGUCACACCUCACUACAGAAGGUCAAGCUACUCUCGAGCAGUUAGAAAAUAUGCUGGCUAAUUCCAUUGGCGGUCAGCACAUGAUAGCCGGAGUACGGACUGAAGGGACUGCAGCAGAGUUUGAAGAUGGAAUGGAUGUGGAAGCUGUUCCAGCAGUGGCAGGACAGUUUGAGGACGCAGAUGUUGACCACUGAUUGAAGGAUGGAAACCUGCUCUGCAAUUUAUACACCGUUGGAGUGGGCAAUGCUGUGACCACUUUAGUUAAUAAUAAAUUGUGUACUAUCUAGCACAAGUCCUUAUUUUCCUUACACCUGCUUUAAAAAAAAAAUCAGUCUAGUCAUUCCAUGAAUAUGUAGUUUGUGACAAUCUCUACAGCGGCUCUUGUAGACCGAUAACUGUUACAGCUCAAACUUGGGAAGAAUUUGCCAUUAACUCGCAAUUUAGAAGUGCUGGAGCUGACCCCUUUUUUCCUUUCUUUUUCUACAAACCUGCUAACAUCCUUCUCUAUUGGAGAAAAGCAUCUCAAUAGCCAUUCUAGAUUGUUCUAGAAUAUGUAGUUAUGUAGUAACCUUGCUAAUGUUUAGCUGUUAAAAAUUUGAUUUAAGUGAAAUAAUAAUAAAAUGUCCACAUCCGCUUGCAUUGAGCACUUAGACAGGUUUUUGUUCUGUAUUUAAAGGAAUUGUGUCACCAAAACUAAAAUUACAUAAAGGAUUAUUCAAUAAAGUCUGUGUUCGGAAUUCAAAAUUAAUUCCAAGUAAAUCUCACGAUUUUAAAAGCCAAAAUAGCGGAAUUCCAUAAGUUGUUUUUUUUGUUGUGUUUUUUUUCAUAGUCUCCAAGUGGGCUAUGUUUUCUUUGGCAAAAAAAUAUAAACUUCAUUAUGAUAUCACAGUUUAAUGAAUAAGUGCUGAUUUGUAGAAACAGAAUAUCUAGAUUUUGGCAACGGACAAUGAUGGAUAACCUUUCUCCCACAGCUAUUAUGGAGUACGGUCCAUCUAACCAAUUUAGGGAAGUAGUUCUAGAAUGCCAUAGGCAAGCAGUCACUGGGAUUGGAUUAGGAGUAUAACAUUGCAGCCCUGCCUUGUCAAGGAAACUCUCUCCAAUGCCUGUGUGCCGAGGCGGUUUAUUGAAUUUCUAGAUAUUUAUUUUCUUGAUCAGAGUAUUUUGUUAGCUGAUCUGUAUCACAAAUGGCCCUCGAUUUGAUAAGCUUUCCAAAUGAUUUAAUACUGUCCCCAUAAAUUACUGUAAAAGUAAAUGGUGUCUUUUGUGGAUAGAUUUUUUGGGACUUAAGGAAAGUUUUCCCAAUCGUAUUGAAUCAUUUGGAAAGUGUGUUGGAUCGAGG